CUUGUUGCUUCAACUCUCGCCAACACUACAAUGGCUUGGAUUGGGCUCAGAAUUGAAGCCGCCAACGAGGAUCACAUUUGA